UCUCUUUAUAAUUUAGUCUCUUUAAUCAAAAUCAUCAAAAGAGUGCAUUGUUUGUUUAUCAAAACUAGUUUCUGUAUUAUUUCUAAUUUCUUUAUUGUAACUAUCCAUAUUGUUGAACAUUAUUCUGUGAUUAUUUGUGUUGAGUACAUUUUGUGCCUAAACGAUAUGGAUUAUGUUGAUAUACAAGCUGUGGAAUCGAAGCUCACCGACGUCACCGUAACACCAAUUCCGAUGGGGACCAAACUGUCCUCUGCUGGCCAUGGAAAUGUGAACAACUCGAACAACUAUGCGAAUCAUCACCACCAGAAUCAGAAUCAGCAGCAGCAACAGUACCAGCUUCAGCCCCAGAAUUUGACGACCACUUCAGUAGUAGCAGCAGCAGCCUCGCCAACGGCAACCCAUUCUGCGUCCGCCCUCGUCACUCCGGUGACCAGCUUGAACCACUUCCCGAACAAUUCCAACCUUUCCAAGUACGCGCAACUGCUGAUGGUCAUCGAGGAGAUGGGGCGCGACAUUCGUCCCACGUAUUCCGGAAGCCGUAGCUCAGCGGAACGUCUGAAACGGGGCAUUGUCCAUGCUAGGAUUCUGGUACGCGAAUGUCUCCUAGAAACGGAACGGUCAGCUAGGCAGUAAUCUUGUCAUAUUGGGUUUAAGGAUUUAGUUAGUGAUUAGCGUUAGUUGACCAAUUUUGGGAUCAGUUUUAGGACGGAACUAUCUUUGUUGGCAUAAAUCAUGGAUAAUCGUUUGGGAUAAAGUACCUAACUCCUUUUUUCAGUUGUACAAAUGUUGUUUUUGUUAAUUCUCACUUAUAUAAUUGUAAUUCAUUUAAAUUUGUUUUAAAAAUUUGUAAACAAAAGUUUUGAAUGAUAUGACAAUGAAUGGUUAUAUUAAGUUACUUGCCCUAAAUAUUUUCUUAGUUAUGCUUAAUGAUUAUUGCAGGAUUUCAUGCCAAACUGAUGUCCCUCUUAUGAAACGUACGUAGUAUUUGAACAGAUGUGUUUAACAUAUUACUUUAGUACAAAACAGCUCAAACCCAAAUAGUACAGCCUAUAUAUUGGAAUAAAUCAAUCAAAAGUACCUAUAAUACCACUAGCUAAGGGUAAUUGCUCUUAUCUGAAGGAAAGAAUGUUUCCUGGAUAGAUGAGUUGUUCGAUGCUUAUUUAUGUAGUAGUACAGAAUAGGAAGUAUACAUUCGCCCAAUGGGAAUUUUGAUACAUUGUAAUUGAAAUACGAUUGUAUAUACUUAGUAGAGAGAGAAGUGAACAGUUUCAUGACAAAAAGACAGCAAAUAAGUAUAACGACUAGCAUGUAUGGUUUGAACUAAUAACAGUAAGAACUGUGACAAUAAACGUGUUGCAGAUGAAAAAAA